GCUACGACGGGCGUUGUGUGUCUCUCCUCCCGCUGGACUCGCCCAUUGGCGUGCAUGUUCACGGAAAACUAAGUUACGGAAAUUUGAUAUUCUAGUGUCUCGUUUAUUUUGAUUUUCUUUUGGAACAAUUAAAUGGUUGUUGAAUCGUGUGCCGUGGAAAACUUUGAAAUUUGUUGCUUGUAAGAACGUUUUAUUGUUAGUGAAUACUUUGGUGUGGGUAAAACUUGAAGCCAGAGAGUUUUUAAGAAAGUUCACCUGAUUGGUGGUAAACUGUUUGUGGAUCUCUGAAUAUCAAUGAAAACGGGACUUGGUGGAUUGGUUUAUCCGAGGAUUAGACUUACCUGCCACUCAGAUCCGCUGUAAAUAAGUGACGUGUUGUUAAGUGCCGCUGACGGUCCGGACUUGUGACGGCCGGGAGAUGCUGCUACAAGUCCCCAGAGAAAAGUUUGUAGUGUAAGAAAAGUCCUGAAGUGGAGGAGUGAUGGAAUUGUUAAUAUCGUGUCGCUGGAAACUGUUACGUUGUUGGUAGCGAAGGAUGGACAGUAGCAGGUAGUGAGGAAGGAGUUAAGUCUUCACAAUACACUAUCAUCCCGGGCCUAACUACCUUCCAACGGGCAUGAGACUACUGCGGGUACUAUCGCUGGUGGCGUGGGCGUGGGGCGUGGUGGGGGCGGGGGAACAGAGAGUCGCAGAGCAGGCGUUCGCGACGAUGCCUUCCCACCAGACGGCGGUGCUGGGGUCGACGGCGGUGUUGCCCUGUAGGGUGAUCAACCAGAGAGGCCUUGUACAGUGGACCAGGGACGGCUUUGGUCUGGGCACACAGAGGGGACUGGAGGGGUUUGAAAGGUACUCCAUGAUCGGGGCGGAUGAGGAAGGUGACUUUAGCCUAAGAAUUUCGCCCGUGACACUUGAGGAUGACGCCGAGUACCAGUGCCAAGUUUCCUCGGCGACGGAGCUGCCACUCAGGUCUCAGGUAGCGCGGCUUACCGUCUUCGUGCCACCCAAGCCACCCACCGUCACCCACCCGGCUUUUGCCACAGCGGGUGUUCCCUUAACUCUCACCUGUUCCAGCAGUGGGGGCCGACCUGCACCUGAGAUCCAGUGGUUGGACGGGUCGGGGGCGGAGAUUCACUCGGGCGUCCAGCUCUCUGAAGACCUUAUGGAGGAUGAGAAGAGAGUCAACGCCCACGCCACCCUCACCUUCACGCCCACGCGGCAUCAUCACGCCCGCAGCUUAACCUGCCUCACCCAUAACCCCGCCCUCCAUACUCCUCUGGCUGCCAAGGUCCGCCUCAAUGUGGAAUACCCGCCCGAGGUCCAGCUCCAAUUUUCCCCAGAGGAGCUGUCUGAGGGCGUGGAGGCGUCGGUCACCUGCCGCGUGGAGGCCAACCCGGGGGAGGUCACGUAUCGCUGGUUCAGAGGCGGGUCUGAGGUGGCGGGGGCCCAGGGGUCAACGCUGCCACUCGGGGUCCUCUCCCGGGCAGACAACGCCUCCCCCGUGGCCUGUGAGGUCACCAACGCCGUGGGAACAACGCGGAAAACGCAGUCUCUCAAUGUGAAAUAUGCGCCAUUGUUCGUGACGGCGCCGAGCAGCCAGUCAGCUGAGCCAGACCAGCGGGUGACUCUCAAGUGCCGAGUGGACGCUAACCCUCCCCCUGACAUCACCUGGUCACGACCCAACAACCCUAAGGUGGUAGGCAGAGGUCCAGAACUGUUGGUAUCGGCGACACCAACCAGUGCUGGACUCUACGUGUGUUCAGCCCGUAGUCCAGGGUUUUCACCUCUAGAGGGCCGCGUCCACCUGAGGAUACGGGGGCCUCCUUUGAUCAGGGCUCAAGCGGUGGUAGCGGUUCCUGAGGGGCAGCCUGCGGUCCUGAGAUGCGGUGUUGUGGCUGUACCGCAUCCUGUCUCUGUCACAUGGACCAGGGAAGGUGCUCUCGUCGUCUCAGAGGAUGGUCGAUAUGUGAACGAGGAACAGAGAGCAGACGGUGUGGUGUCAACUCUUACUAUCAACAAGACCUCUCACAGGGACUUCGCUUCCUACAACUGUUCCGUGAUCAAUGAAUACGGCGUGGAUACUCAUCAGAUACUCCUUCAGCGCCAGCCCGUGGUGCCGUUGAUGGUGAUCGUGGGCGGGGGUGCGGGCGUGGUCCUUGUAGUCAUCGUCGUUAUCUUGUUCAUUCUCUGUGGGCGUAAGAAAAACGGCGGCAGCUCAGCGAAGGACAAGGCUGCAGAGGCUGGAACUGUGGUGGUAGAGAAGAGUUGCGGUGGUGGUGGUGGUAGAGGCAUGGGAGGCUCUGGAGGUGUGGGUAGUGGUGGUGGUGGUGACGGAGGAACCAUGGGCACAGCACUGAAGGUGAUGCCCCCAUCCCUCCUCCCAUCUCAUGACAACCAUUCCACUGGUCAGGAAUCAGACGCGAAGGACGCCGAGAUCAGGACGUCGUCUUCACUAUCGGCAGCUGACAGGGACUCUGACAGUGGGUGGGAGAGGGAGAGCAGCAAGGCCUCUCCUAGGGAUCCACAGGCAGCACCUCUCACCCAUGCUCGAUACAGUGUCGGAUCUACUGUCUUCACCCCUCCAGAUCAGGGCUACAUCUCCUACGUGGACUACACCAGGGACUACUCGCCCGUGCCUGUGUCCGUGGGCGACUCCUACGCUCAGUUCCAGAUGGGCGGACCUUACGCCCGUUCCACGCCAGCCAGCGACCCUCCCUCCUCCCUGCCUUCCUCCGUGGCGCCGCCCCCCUACACUCCUCCUCCCCACACCACUACCGACCUCAACGGCGGCAUGAACGGCAGGGUCCACGCCUCCUCCAACGGCAAGAUCGUCAACGGGAACGGUGGCGUCAAUGGUACGCUCAAACACGCUCUCCUACAGGAUCUCAAACAGGAGCUUAAAAGGGAGCUCUCGCACGACCUUGACUCUGCAGCGCUUCACAGCAAAUACAUCAUCCCACCCCAGACCAAAAUCAAGCCCGGGACGCUGGUCUAGGGCUUAGUGACGUCGUUUAGGUCUUUAAAAGUUUAGCAAUUAUAGAAUUAUUUAAACUGGGACCCGAGAGUGUGUUAUUGCCAUGGUGUAAAUGACCCCAAAUAAACCAGAUUUUAUAUCCUUGAGGGGAACAACUUAUAGUAAACAAAGGUCCCGUGAAAGAAGGACUUAAAACACUUUCUCCCU